UUCGUUGAUUGGCUUAAAAUAAGUUUACGUCAUUUGACAUAUGAGUUACUUCCUGGUGGAAUUUCCAAAUCUUCCAAAAUACUGACAGCUAAUUCUGACAUGUUGAACGUGUAGCGGGAAUACAGUACUUGUUCAGCAGCAAUGCCUCGAAAUGGAGAGUUUGGUUUGACAACUAGAAUAGAUUUGAAUGCCAGUAUAAAUGAGUUACCAGCCAAGAUUUUCAUAGAACUUCGUGAUAAACUUGUUACUAACCCUGCAGACAAAGAUUGGCGAGCCCUUGCACGUGCGGUGGAAGAUAAGUAUCCUAUCAAUCCAUGUAUGAUAGAGAGAUGGGCCAUCUCUGGGGACAGUGCAUCAUCAAAGUUGCUAACAUGGUUGAGUUCACAGGCGAUGACAAUAAAAGAGUUAGCGAACUAUUUAAACAAGAUAGAGUUUGAUACAUACUCACUUGGGUUGUCACCUUAUGUGGAUAUUCAGAUUAUUAAGAGCCCCCCUGAAGAGAUAGAUGUAUAUGAAGGGGAUCCUCUCGUCAUGGAAGUGGAAGCGACUGGCCAGCCUCACCCGAGAUAUCAGUGGUUCUGUUGCCAGAAUGGACAAGAUGAUUUCAAAAAACUAGUAGGAAGAACAGAGAAAAUAUUGCGUCUCAAUGAUGUUACGACGGCCAAUGCUGGAACCUACACAUGCCAGAUACAUAACUGUAAAGAUCCUGAUAAGACCAAGUUUACAAAAUAUACUCUGGUGUCAGUUGCACCAAAUCCUGUGCCACGUAACACUGGUCUUAAUCCACCAAGUGGAGAAAAUGUCAUUUAUUUGUACAACCAAAUGGGACUGAGAACUCCAUCAUCUCCAGAUAUAAUACCAGGUCUCGUCAACAGUUUGGAGCAAAGAUGUGGGUCUGUGAGUUACAGUUUGAUUCUUGGUCACCCGAAGGAUGUUACGGUAGGAAUGAAUGAGCCGUUUGUGUUGUCAGUGGAGACAUAUGGGGAUCCACCCAUUAUGUAUCAGUGGUUCAGGAAUGGUUUGCCGCUUGCUGGACAAGUUGCGCCUAAACUUUCUGUUGCUCAUGCUUCUAUAUCAGACUUUGCGAGGUAUUACUGUGUUGUCAGAAAUGGUUACAAGACUGAACAGAGUAAUACAGCAUGUGUGAAAGAAAAAUUCCCAAGACCUGACAGAAAUGUUGAAAUAGUAUUAGUGUCACAACCAAAGUCUGUGUCAGUGAAGUUUGGAGGAUGUGCAUUAUUCAGUUGUGAAGCCAGGUGUUGUGAACCUCUAAAAUAUCAAUGGUUUAAAGAUGGCAUGCCUCUUAAAGAUCAGACAGCAUCAGAAAUUAAGUUUAUGAAUAUUCAGGACAGACGAGAUGUGGGAUUUUAUCAGUGUGAAAUUUCUGUUGACUCGAUGAACGAAAAUGUACCUCGGAGAAUGACAAUGGGUGCUCUUCUCACAGUGGAGAUACCCUCAGUUAAAGAUAACGUUGAAUACAAUCCUUCAGAUAAAGUGGCUUUACUCAUUGGAAAUGCAGACUACAAGUGUGAAUCCCCUCUAACUGCAUCAACUAUAGACGUCCAGGUGCUCUCAGAAUCGUUUAGGGCAUUAGAUUUCAGAGUUGUCUCCCUGUUGAAUCUCACCAAACCAGAAAUUGAAAAUGCUGUGCUACAUUUCUGUGACUUGAUAGAGGACAAUGUGUAUACAGUGUUUUAUUUUUGUGGACACGGUUUUGAGGAACAUGGAAUGUCAUACCUUGUGCCGACAGAUGCUCCGGCAGCCUACACGGCACAAGAAUGUGUUUGUGCACAAGAAGUAUUGGCUAAUAUUCAAAGAAAACAACCGCCAGUUAUACUGAUGAUAUUAGAUAUUUGUAGACAACAGGGAAAGGUAAAGUCAACGGUUGUCCCGCCGACUGUUGCAAAGACCAACAGAGGGAAUACUGUAUUCUGCUAUGCCACGAGUGUUGGUUUGGCUGCCUAUGAAAACAAAAGUGGUGGACUUUUGGUUCAUCAUUUGUCACCAUUAUUGCGGAAAAAUAUUGGCAUUGAUGCCCUUGUCUCAGAAGUCAAAGAAGAAUUUUUCAGGGUACAAAAACACAGUAACAUACAGAUACCUCAGUUAGUGUCAAAUUUACUGGAGCCUCGGAGAUCAUUGACAGACAAAAUAUCAAAGAAGGGACAGACUGAAGCCUUUCAAAUCAGAGAUCAGAUAUGGAAUGCUGCACAUCAAAAACCAGCGAAGCAAGAAAUUAGGUUUGAUGAAGUGGGUGUGGUCAUCGAGUUGGAUUUCCAAUCAGAAUUUUCCAAUGUGCUGCAUUUGUUUACUAGAGUAACAGACCCAGGUAGAACAUCAGACUGUGUAGGGAAAAUUACAAAUUUCUCGCCCCCCAUUUCACAGCAAGGAAAAGUAGCCGAGUUCAAGAAAAAUAGUCGAGUGGUGACAAAAAUAUCGUUGCAAGAUAUACAAAAGUUGAAGGAAAAUUUGAUUGUGGAUGUCACCAUCACCUUUUUCAUCAGUGGCAUACAGUACUUCUUACAGAGGCGUGUGAAUCUUGGGCAGCCCCUCGUAGCAAAAUUGAGGCUCUGGGAGCAGACCCAUAACUUUACACUUAGUUCAAGAAGAGAGGGAAUUGAACAGUCGGAGGAAAGUUAUAGCAUGUAAACAGGACAUAGUUUCUUUGUGGGAAAGUAAUAUUGUCAACAUCGAUAUUUCUCUGAAAAUUGGUCAUUUUUAUGUCCAGAAGUAGCAGCUAUGUAUUUUGUAUUACAAGACUUUAAAAUAUGGAAGAAUGUUUUUGGGGGGUCUCAUGAAAUGACACUUUAAACUCUGCUGGAAAUAAUUUCAACUCAUCAGAAAAAAAUUCUGUAGAAGGUAAGAAACUGUUCAAAACAGGUUUAGGAUAGAACAAAAUAGAAAGGUAUACUAAAUGACUUUUAUUUUGCAGUAGCAAUAUCCUUUAGACAAUGAAAAUAAGGUAUAAUAAUGUGCAGUGGCAAAGCUAGAAGUAAGAGAAAUAUUUUUGUUCAUUAUUUUGCAGCUGGAACUGAAGUUACAAAGUGUAUCAGUUGUCUUUAGUUAUAUCUUCUUUUUGUUUUCAGUAGUUAGGUUAUGUUGAAAUGUAAUGUUCAUAAUGAAUGUAUUUCUGUGUACCAAUAUAAAAUAUAGUUUGAUCAGAUAAUGCUGUACAUUGUAUUUUGUAUAAACCGAUCACUUCAAGCAAUUAAUAAUGUGUAAGUAGGAACUAGGGAUGGAUUUAAAUAUUUGUACAGAAGAUGCUUAUUUACCACGAUAGAAAGUACUACACUCGUUUUCUACCUCCUUUUGUUAAUUUUUAAUUAGAUUCUGUAUAUUUUCCUUCUGUUUUUGUGUACAGAGAAUAGUAAAUAGAUGACCCGUGUUAUUUUUGGGGUCAUCAGGAAAAAGGUAAAUAGCUCUGUUUCCCAUUAACAAGAUGUUUAUGGUUUGAAUAUUGUCAUGAACAUGUAUUCAUAAACGUAAUCAUAAUUAUGUCAUAUAAAUUGUUGCUGAUUGGAGUUAAUAUUUAGGGUAUUUGUUAGCCAGCAGCUGGUCUGAGGGCAAACUUAAAUCUUGAUAUAAUCACAUUUUUAGUUCAGUAAGCACGAUUUUUUCAUGGUCAUUACAGAGACAUGAUGUACUGUAAGAAUUUGUAAAGCAACAUAAGAAAUUUUUUUUUGGUUGGGUUUAAUGUCACACCAACACAAUUAUAGGACACAUGGCGACUUUCCAGCUUUUAUGGUGGAGGAAGACCCCAAGUUCCCCUAUGUGCAUUAUUUAAUCACGAGCGGGCAUCUGGGUAGAACCACCUACCUUCCGUAAGCCAGCUGGAUGGCUUCCUCACAUGUAGAAUUCAACGUCCCGAGUGAGGCUCAAACCCUGAUUGAUGACGGGCCAGUGAUUUGAAGUCAGUGACCUUAACCACUCGGCUACGGAGGCCCGACAUAAGAAAUAGAACAUUUGUAACUGAUCACUGACCAAAUAGCUAUACAGUAUUGUCUCAUGAAAAACAAAUUUUAGCAAUAUGAAAACUAAAAAUUAGGUAUUGUUUAAACUGAAAAUGUUUCUGCUGCUUUUUCCUUUCAGAAAGAUCUUGAUACAGUUAUUGGUACAUUGAAAAAGUUCAUGAAAGACUUUCUUAUUGAUUUGGUUGAUGUAACAUUUGUUUAAUUAAUCAAUUAUAUUUGUGAAGUUCCCAAGUGAAAUGUUAUUUCAAACAUUUUCUGUAUGAAUGGGAUUGUCUCUCAGCACUAAAUCUAUAUUGUCUCAUGUUACACUGUGAUUAACCCCAGUUUUCACACAACGCUCAGUUAACAUGUCUAAUUAAACACGUACUACAGGGUUUAAUCAACCACAGGAUGUGCAAUAUUACAUGCUAGGAAUGUUACCAGUAACAUAAGACAUGAAUGCAAACAGCAAUUUUUGAAAUGGAAUUUUAUCAUAAUACCCACCUUAGUUGCAAAAUCAUUGUUUGGUUUUUUUUUGGAAGUACAAGUUUUGUUAAUUGAGUUGAUUAUAUGUUACCGUCCAAGGUAUACUUGUAUAUGUAUGUUGAUUCUGUGAAGUUUAUUACCAUAUGAUGUCAGACACUGUAUAACUCAUUUGAUUAAUAAAAUCUAUGUGUAAAUACUA